AUUCAGCCGGCCUUUCGGGGCAAUGGACUUUCCAUCCUAGCACCAUGGCUCAAUUUGUCCGUAACCUCGUGGAGAAGGCCCCGGCGCUGGUGAAUGCUGCUGUGACUUAUUCAAAGCCUCGACUGGCCACAUUAUGGUACUACGCCAAGGUUGAGCUGGUUCCUCCAACCCCUGCUGAGAUCCCUAGAGCUUUUCAGAGCCUGAAAAAAGUAGUCAAUAGUGCUCAAACUGGUAGCUUCAAACAGCUUACAGUUAAAGAAACCGUGCUGAAUGGUUUGGUGGCCACUGAGGUGUGGAUGUGGUUUUAUGUCGGAGAGAUCAUAGGCAAGCGUGGCAUCAUUGGCUAUAAUGUUUGAAGACCAAUCUUUAAUAUCUGAUUAUAUUUGGGUAUUCCUGGACCAUGUGUGAUCAGACUGCUAUCUGAAUAAAAU